UCAUCCGUCCAUUCAUGUAUACUCUAGUUUUGGCGCGCAGUCGUUGAAGCUCUUGGGCGAAGUGGUAGCGCUGUCAAGUAGAUUUUUGUCGCUCGUUUGUUUGCUAUUCCUUGUGAUGGCUCAGGGCGAGGAAGUAGGCGCCUGCUUCCUGUGGACAGCCUAUGAUCCAUGUGUUCAAGAUGCAGUCGUUGAAUUCGUUAAAUCGGAAGCAGGACCUAACCGUCAAGUGCAUAUCUUGAGAACAGAGUCGCCUUCCGACGACCUAAAAACCUCUACACUCUUUGGAUAUAUCGUGAACUCUAUUCGUAAACGCGAACUGUUCCCUAAUUGGCGUACGACCGUGCUGGCCAUACCAGAACACUUCAAGGCUCUUCACUUAUGCACCGCGCGUGUGAAUCAGAGGUCAGGCAAGUUUUAUGCCCUCGCAAGCGAAGUCAUGUACGCAGACUUCCUUUACAAAGAGCACCUCGCAAGACCGGAUGAGCCUGUGAAAUCAGAGUUCGUGCAAGAGUAUCUCGACUUUCUGUCGCAUACCAACACGUCGAAUGAAUGGCAGGUCUUGAAAGUGUUUAGACGCGCCAUCGAGGAGGACAGCAUGUUUGCAGCGCAAGUUGCCAAGUCAGUUUACUUAGUGCACGGACCUAUCACGACGCAUUUUACCAAAGAAUGUAUCGAGCUGCUAUUUAAAGGCAGGCAGCCCAGACGUAUUGUCACUGAGGCGCCGCUCGAUAUCAGUGUCAACGAAGACUACGACAUCAGCAACGUUAGCGUCCGCGCGGACUUUUCCGUUGUGCCAGAGCCUGAUGCUUCUACCGUGGAGAAGUCGGACUCAGACUCCGUCGAAUACAGCUUGCGCAUCAUGAACGCCUUCCUUCGCAUCCUUGUGAACAGCUGUGACGAACUGGCGCUUGCAACUGCCAUGGCUUCCCCCGUCUUUAAGCUGCCGCACGACGCAUUCAAGGAACUGAAACGUCUCUCACUUCAGAAAAACUCGCCAAUGUGUAAGACAGUGGUAUCCUAUGUGAAGCAAGCAAGGCUAGGCAGUGACAGCCUCGCAGCUCCUGAGUACUGUGCACUUAAACCGUACAUUUGCAAGCUGGCUGCAUUCGUUGACGUCCUGCUUAAGCUGCAAAACGUGGUGGAAGGAGGCCUGACAAUGGUUGCUAUCGAGGUCGUCAUAUGCACCAUCGGGCGUUGUAUAAGAUCAGCAUGUGGACACGGGCCCAUCUGGAAGACUGUGCUUCAUUGUCAGGCGAACCUGGUGCUGCUAGCUCGUAGGUUUCACGAAGAGGAAGACACAGAAAAUCUGGCUGAUGCCAACGACGCAACGCUGGGCACUGCAGAUUCUGCGAAUACACUGCGUAUUCUGCGACGACUUACAGACUUCCUGUCUACACGGCACACCUUCUUCCGUCCUCUGUCGGUGAUGGACAAUCGCGAUGCAAACAGUACACCGCUACGAAUACCACACCUGCUGGAAUAUUUCAAGACGCCAGAGCCUGAAAGUGAGGAUGAUGGAUAUGAUGUACCCCUGAAACAGCGCCUCUUGGAGCAGUUUGAACGUGAAGGGGCAACACAUUUAAUUGCGGCACUUCAUGCUAUGACAGACUCAGGCCACAAGAAGAAGAGGAGGAAGAGCAGCAUUCGCAAACUGCCAGACAAGGACACUUCAUUUGUGUCAGCUCAGAAGGAAGAGCCAAGUGUAGUGCAGAAGAAAGCCACGAGGAAGGGAUCCUCAUUACAGGCAAAGCCUUCUGCUGCAAGAAAAGUAGCUAAGCGCAGUAUUCUCGAUGAUAUAAAUAGUGCAAGCAAAAAACAAAGGCUUUCAAGUAAGCUCGUCUGUGAAGAUCAAGCAAAGAUAACAUCAUUUUUCACCAAGACAUAGUUCAUCAACAGCAAAGUGUUGUUUCAUAAAUUCAUAAAUAAAAUUUAUAAAUAAGAGUAA